AUGUCCAAAUUGCAUACGCCUUCGAUUUUCCUACAAAAUCUCUGUCAAGACCCAAAUCGCAAUUCGACUACCACCGACAUCAGAAAUACUGACUUAUCACCAAGUCCAAUUAUUACCAUAGCAAAGCGCAACCCAGAUAUCAAGAUGACCACCGUCUUCUGGGAUGGCUGUUGCGCUUUUCCACCUCCCGAGGAGCAGCAGGUCGCCAACAGAAUAGUGGCAACAGCAGCAAUUGUCCAUGGCUUUGAGUGGGCAGGUAUCAUUUGUGGCUUUCACACAACUAUAAGGGAAGGAUACACCGCCGAAGAACACAUCACGGUCAAAUAUCACAAUGGCCCCUGGGAUCGUGAUGAUUGGUAUCACGAGGGUAUUAUCGGUCAUGUCUACACUAGCAAUAGAAACGAGAUCAUACGCUCCGAGAUCUAUUACACCAAUCCAGAUCGGACUAUGCGGUCUCACAUCACGUUUUGGUGCACAGGAAUAGAAGAGGAAGAGGGAGAGGAAUUGAGCAUUGUUAACUUUGAGUAUCAAGGUGCACGAAAGGUGCUGGAUUGGAUUGAUGUUUGGUGCGCGGUUGAGACUCGGAUUUGGUGA